AUGUUCGACGAGUCCGCCUUCAAGCGCUUGGAAGCCGCUGUAGGCUCACAGGACUGCAUGGAGAUACCCCUAGAGGAGGCAUGCAGGGCUCUGGCCAGCCUAGGCUACUUCUGUUACGGCCGGCCUGCAACCUAUGAUGUGUUACUAGCGCAGGUCGGGAGGUUUGAGGCAACUCUCUACCAGAACAGGAAUUGUCUUGUACAACUGAAA